AACGGGGGCAUGGGCUGGAGCCGGGGUUGAGGCAGCCGCUUGGCGACACGGCAGCUGGAGAGUGGCCUUUUGUCAGACCCUUGGAGCGCUGGGGGUGGAGUGGCCUCGGGUGGCCUUGCUGAGGACCGAGACCUUGAAAGGAUCACUGUUGUCGCUGACCAUCCGCCCAAAGCUGAGUUCCGUAGGGUUAUUUUCGAGAUGGACUCAACCCUAACAGCAAGUGAAAUCCGGCAGCGUUUUAUAGAUUUCUUCAAGAGAAAUGAACACACCUAUGUUCACUCAUCUGCCACCAUCCCUUUGGAUGAUCCCACUUUGCUCUUUGCCAACGCAGGCAUGAACCAGUUCAAACCCAUCUUUCUGAAUACUGUUGACCCAUCUCACCCUAUGGCAAAGCUGAGCAGAGCUGCCAAUACCCAGAAAUGCAUCCGGGCUGGGGGCAAACACAAUGACCUGGACGAUGUGGGCAAGGAUGUCUAUCAUCACACCUUCUUUGAGAUGUUGGGCUCCUGGUCUUUUGGAGAUUACUUCAAGGAAUUGGCAUGUAAGAUGGCUCUAGAACUUCUCACCCAAGAGUUUGGCAUUCCAGUUGAAAGACUCUACGUUACUUACUUUGGGGGGGAUGAAGCAGCCGGCUUAGAACCAGACCUGGAGUGCAAACAGAUCUGGCAAAACUUGGGGUUGGAUGACAGCAAAAUCCUCCCGGGCAACAUGAAGGAUAACUUCUGGGAGAUGGGUGACACGGGCCCUUGUGGUCCCUGCAGUGAGAUCCACUAUGACCGGAUUGGUGGUCGGGAUGCGGCGCACCUCGUCAACCAGGAUGACCCCAAUGUGCUAGAGAUCUGGAACCUCGUGUUCAUCCAGUAUAACAGGGAAACCGAUGGCAUUCUGAAACCUCUUCCCAAGAAAAGCAUUGACACAGGGAUGGGCCUGGAGCGACUGGUGUCUGUGCUGCAGAAUAAAAUGUCCAACUAUGACACUGACCUUUUUGUCCCUUACUUUGAAGCCAUUCAGAAGGGCACGGGUGCUCGGCCAUACACUGGGAAGGUUGGUGCUGAUGAUGCUGAUGGGAUCGACAUGGCCUACCGGGUGCUGGCCGACCACGCUCGGACCAUCACCGUGGCCCUGGCUGAUGGUGGCCGACCUGACAACACAGGGCGGGGGUAUGUGUUGAGACGGAUUCUCCGCCGGGCUGUUCGAUACUCCCAUGAGAAACUCAACGCCAGGAGGGGUUUCUUUGCUACAUUAGCAGAUGUUGUCGUCCAGUCCCUGGGAGAUGCAUUUCCUGAGCUAAAGAAGGACCCAGAUAUGGUGAAGGACAUCAUAAAUGAAGAAGAGGUGCAAUUUCUCAAGACGCUCAGCAGAGGGCGUCGCAUCCUGGACAGGAAAAUUCAGAGCCUGGGAGACAGCAAAACCAUUCCCGGGGACACUGCUUGGCUCCUCUAUGACACCUAUGGGUUUCCAGUGGAUCUUACUGGACUGAUUGCUGAAGAGAAGGGCCUGGUGGUAGAUAUGGAUGGCUUUGAAGAGGAGAGGAAGCUGGCUCAGCUGAAAUCACAGGGCAAGGGAGCUGGUGGGGAAGAUCUCAUUAUGCUGGACAUUUAUGCUAUUGAAGAGCUCCGGGAAAAGGGUCUGGAGGCAACAGAUGAUUCCCCAAAGUAUAAUUACCAUUCGGACUCCGGUGGGAGCUACGUGUUUGAGAGUGCGGUGGCUACAGUGAUGGCUCUGCGCAGGGACAAGAUGUUUGUGGAGGAAGUGUCCACGGGCCAGGAGUGUGGAGUGGUGCUGGACAAGACCUGUUUCUAUGCCGAGCAAGGAGGGCAGAUCUACGACGAAGGCUACCUGGUGAAGGUCGAUGACAGCAGCGAAGACAAAACUGAGUUUACGGUGAAGAACGCUCAGGUCCGAGGAGGAUAUGUCCUGCACAUAGGAACAAUCUAUGGCAACCUGAAAGUGGGGGAUCAGGUCCGGCUGUUUAUUGAUGAGCCCCGACGGAGGCCUGUCAUGAGCAACCACACAGCCACUCACAUCCUGAACUUCGCCCUGCGUUCCGUGCUUGGGGAGGCUGACCAGAGAGGCUCCCUGGUUGCUCCUGACCGCCUUCGGUUUGACUUCACCGCCAAGGGAGCCAUGUCCACCCAACAGAUCAAGAAGGCCGAGGAGAUUGCAAACGAGAUGAUUGAAGCUGCCAAGCCCGUCUACACCCAGGAUUGUCCUCUGGCAGCAGCUAAAGCCAUCCAGGGCCUGCGGGCUGUGUUUGAUGAGACCUAUCCUGACCCUGUGCGAGUCGUCUCUAUUGGGGUCCCGGUGUCUGAGCUCUUGGAUGACCCCUCCGGUCCUGCUGGCUCGCUCACUUCUGUUGAGUUCUGUGGGGGAACGCAUCUGCAGAAUUCGAGUCACGCGGGAGCUUUUGUGAUUGUGAGUGAAGAAGCUAUUGCCAAGGGCAUCCGGAGGAUUGUUGCUGUCACAGGUGCCGAAGCCCAGAAGGCGCUCAGGAAAGCGGAGAGCUUGAAGAAAUCUCUCUCUGUCACGGAGGCCAAAGUGAAGGCCCAGACUGCGCCAAAUAAGGAUGUGCAGAGGGAGAUCGCAGACCUCGGUGAGGCUCUGGCCACCGCAGUCAUCCCUCAGUGGCAGAAGGAUGAAUUCCGGGAGAAUCUCAGAUCCCUGAAGAAAAUCAUGGAUGACCUAGACCGAGCUAACAAAGCCGAUGUCCAGAAGCGGGUGCUGGAGAAGACAAAGCAGCUCAUUGACAGCAGCCCCAACCAGCCCCUUGUCAUCCUGGAGAUGGAGAGCGGUGCCUCGGCCAAGGCCCUGAACGAAGCCUUGAAGCUCUUCAAGACGCAUUCCCCUGAGACGUCUGCCAUGCUCUUCACAGUGGAUAACGAGGCUGGCAAGAUCACAUGCUUGUGUCAAGUCCCCCAGAAUGCAGCCAACCGGGGCCUGAAAGCCAGUGAGUGGGUGCAACAGGUGUCAGGUCUGAUGGAUGGCAAAGGUGGUGGCAAAGAUGUGUCCGCUCAGGCCACAGGCAAGAACGUGGGCUGCCUGCAGGAGGCGCUGCAGCUGGCCACCUCCUUUGCCCAGCUCCACCUGGGAGAUGUGAAGAACUGAGGCGGAAGGGCGGCUUCCAUGAGGAGGCAUCUCCCCCGCACCCAGAUGGAUCCGUCCGGCCAGGAGCGCUCCAUCCCCCACAAGGGCAUUCUAAUCUUGGGACCUUUAAACAGCCCCAUCUGUCCUCCUAACCCAGCAGUAACUGGAAGUUAACCUGGGAGCCAGCCUGUGACUCAAUUCCCACGUUACGCUUCUGCCCCGAGCACAUCAGCGCCAUCUGUCUAGAACCACUACCCCAGGAUUGUGUCUGUAGAGUUCUCUGCAGACCCAAGGCUCUGGGCCUGCAGGGAGGAAUCGUUUUUGCUGCAGAGAAUAAAAGGACCAUGUGCAAUACUCGAUAA